UGGGCUUUGCAGCCGGCGGCGGCUGAGAACCGUGGCGGCUGCGGAGCCGGCAGCGCAGGCGGGCGGAGCAGAGCUGCCCGGCCUGGCGGCGGGCGAUGCCCCCGUGAGCCUCACUCGUCGCCCCUCCCCGCCCCGCGUCCCUACCCCCUCGGAGUCCGCCGCCCGCCUGGGACCGGGCCGCGCCUACCGCCGGGUCCGCGGGGCGGGGUCCCGGGGCGCACCUGCCCCGCCUUGCGGAGCCACCUCGGCCAGCGGAGACUCCUCCGUGUCUGGACCCCGGCCCCACCUCUGGGAGGGUGCAUUCAGACACCUGAUGUACCAAGAUCUAUGAGCCAGGCAGCACUGCCUCCAUGGAGCCUCCAGUCUAGCCAGGAGACGGCCCACAGCAGACUCUUAUCACAUCACCUUCUCCUGGGAGCUACCCUGAUUGCCUUCACCUUCUUUCUUGAAAACUGGUGUCUCAGCAGAAGUUAAUUGAAGCCUGUGUAAAUGCCCUAGGGGUGUGCUGUUGGCAGGGGCACAGCCCCCUGUGAUGCAGAACACCACGCUGGGAUUCAUCAGUUUGGGUUGCCUGAGGCCCUGCUGCCCCGUGGACCAUGUUUAACGGGGAGCCGGGUCCGGCCUCGGCCGCAGCCUCCAGGAACGUGGUUCGGAGCUCCAGCAUCAGUGGCGAAAUCUGCGGAUCCCAGCAGGCUGGGGGUGGGACCGGGACCACCACAGCCAAGAAGCGGCGCAGCAGCCUUGGGGCCAAGAUGGUGGCCAUCGUGGGCCUGACCCAGUGGAGCAAGAGCACGCUCCAGCUCCCCCAGCCUGAAGGGGCCACCAAGAAGCUGCGCAGCAACAUCCGGCGGAGCACGGAGACGGGCAUCGCCGUGGAGAUGCGGAGUCGGGUCACACGCCAGGGCAGCCGCGAGUCCACUGACGGGAGCACCAACAGCAACAGCUCCGAUGGCACGUUCAUCUUCCCCACCACCCGCCUCGGGGCCGAAAGCCAGUUCAGUGAUUUCCUGGAUGGGCUGGGACCUGCCCAGAUUGUGGGGCGACAGACGCUGGCAACACCACCAAUGGGGGACGUGCACAUUGCCAUCAUGGACCGGAGUGGCCAGCUGGAGGUGGAAGUGAUUGAGGCUCGGGGCUUGACCCCCAAACCUAGCUCUAAAUCCCUCCCAGCCACCUAUAUCAAGGUUUACCUGCUCGAGAACGGGGCCUGCUUGGCCAAGAAGAAGACAAAGGUGGCCAAGAAGACCUGUGACCCCCUGUACCAGCAGGCUCUGCUCUUUGACGAGGGGCCCCAGGGCAAGGUGCUGCAGGUGAUUGUCUGGGGGGACUACGGCCGCAUGGACCACAAGUGCUUCAUGGGCAUGGCCCAGAUCAUGCUGGACGAGCUGGACCUGAGUGCUGCGGUGGCUGGCUGGUACAAACUCUUCCCCACGUCCUCAGUGGCAGAUUCUACGCUUGGAUCCCUCACCAGGCGCCUGUCCCAGUCCUCCCUGGAGAGUGCUACCAGCCCCUCGUGCUCCUAAGGACCUCAGGAAGAGGCCGGGAUGCGGUGUGGGAAGGGGUGCCUGCUGGCCCCCCACCUCCUCCCCUGUACAUAGUCUUCACGUCUUUCUGGAUCUUUUGCCCUGCUGCAUGCCUGUUGGCUACUGGGCCCAUCCCAGCUGGCAGUGGAGACUGUAGUGUGUGUGUGUGUGUGUUUGUGUGUGACCACGUUAUAUCUGUUUAUUUGGCUGGGUAUUGUCAGUCUUGGUGACUACAUGGGCUGAAGUCCAUGUCUUUCUGUGUCUUGUUGAAAAGAAACCCAAAGGA